AUGAUCGCUUGCCCGGCCUACAAACGAGCCAUCGCACGCAAGCUGCUUGGCAGCUUGAGAUGGCGCAGUGGCCAGCCUUCUAGAGGCGUCGCCUCCAAAGCCAGGGGCCGGUCGCCGCCUGUCGACUGGCUGGCGGCAGAGACGGAUGUCGCGCAACAGCUCUUGGACACUGGUCUCUGGCGGAGCGCGCGAUCACGCGCAACCAAGAAUGCACCGGUGGAUACACGAAGAGUCAAUAUAGUGAGCGAAGAGCUCUGCUCCGACAUUAUCAAAUACAUAGGGAAUUCACUCGAAAGACAUGCCGGAUGCGACUUGCUAGAUCUGAAUCCAGGGGCUGGCCUCUGGAGCAAAGCGCUGCAUGAAGCUGUGCAGCCGCGCAAGCACGUCCUUCUCGACCUCGACGCCGACUUUUACCAGCCAUUCCUGCGCGACCUUCUAUCCAAGCCCAAUGUCGAGCUUAUAAAGAAAUCUGGAAUAAUCUGGGGAAAUCUCGAAGAUGUCGUCGCCUCUCGCUUCACCGCGCAAAGCAAGGUCGCACCCCAAACAGAGGCACCCCCGCAGCGCAACGACACGCUGCUCGUGACGGCAAACCUGUCCAUGUGCCCGAAGCGGCCUUACCGUGGGUUCGACAAUGUCGGCACAAUGGUGCUGUACCAGUUCCUCUCCAGCAUCCGGCAGAGCAGCCUGCUGCAGCAGUACGGGUUGGUGCGUUUCCUGAUCUGGACCAACGACGAGGACAAGCACCGCAUCCUGCCACGCAGCAUCCUGCGCCGCCGCCGCGGCGCCUUCGAGGCUGAGCUCUCGUGCGACUGGCUUCAUGAGGUCUGCGGCAGCACCGUCGACGUCCAUGCCCGCAUGGCCCUGCGCGACGAGUGGUUGAAUGUGGAAUCGUGCGCCGGCGCCAUGUCGAGGAUGGCGGCGCUUGGAAUCGAGAUGCCGACACACCGCCAGUCAGAGACAUAUAAGCGAAUCCGUCGAGAUCCGGCAGCGCUUAUGGGCAAGAAGCUCGCGGACACGGAAACGCCGCAGCUCACGCGACCCUACAUCCAAGAACUCAACCGCCUGCGGGACUCUGUUAGCCCCGACAGCCCCAGCGAGGACCUGCGGCGCCUGAAACAGCUCGAGUACCGCGAUCGCCACGAGCACAAGCUCGCCGGUCGAUUCAGCACCCUCCUGCAACAACAGCUCGCAACCGCCGCCCUCGCCGGCACUGACGACUUUGCCGCGCACGACGCCGCCUACACCGCCGCCGCCGCCCGCCUCCCCAAGAACAAGGCCGCCGAGUACCGCCGGCUCGUCGACAACCACCACCUCUUCCGCCAGGCGCCGCCCGCGAUGCUCUGGGACCGCCGCGCCUACGAGCCGCUCGUCACGCGGCCCACCGAGUUCUUCCCCAACGCGCCGACGACGCUCCUCGAUAUGCAGCCCAAGGCCAUGGACCCGAUCCUGCGACAGUACGGCCCCGCGACGACGCGCUCCGGCGAAAUGUCCGACGUCCUGCUGCACCUGUGGUUCGCCAACACCCUCGGCCCGCUCGAGGCCGGGCUCGACCGCCUCUGGGGCGGCUUCGGCAGCGAGAUUGCCAGGUGCCCGAGCUUUGACGACCCGCACCGCGGCGGCUCGCCGCUGUCGGGCGCGGGCCGGGUGCCGGCGCGCUGCGUCAACGAGGAGCAGUGGCUGGAGGUGAUGCGCGCGUGGAUGGACUGGCCGUUUCGCCCGGCGUACACGCAGCUCCUGGGCCGCUGGGCCGAGGAGGACAGCGCGGCGGACGAUGAGGAUACCAAGUCUGGCGCGCAGGGUCUCGGAUUUUGA